AUGCGUGAAUACAAAAUAGUCGUACUUGGGAGUGGUGGUGUUGGUAAGUCAGCAUUGACUGUACAAUUUGUUCAAGGAUUAUUUGUUGAAAAAUAUGAUCCAACGAUUGAAGAUAGUUAUAGAAAACAAGUGGAAGUCGAUGGACAACAAUGUAUGCUUGAAAUUUUGGAUACUGCUGGAACAGAACAAUUCACUGCUAUGCGAGAUUUAUAUAUGAAAAAUGGUCAAGGAUUUGUACUUGUAUAUUCAAUAACUGCUCAAUCGACAUAUAGUGAUCUUAUUGAUUUACGUGAUACGAUUCUUAAAGUAAAAGAUACAACUGAUGUACCAACGGUAUUAGUAGGAAAUAAAUGUGAUCUUGAAGAUGAACGUGUAGUUGGAAAAGAAGUUGGUCAAUCAUUAGCAAAUCAUUGGAAUUCAACAUUUCUUGAAACAUCUGCUAAACAAAAAAUUAAUGUUAAUGAGAUAUUUUUUGAUCUUGUUCGUCAAAUAAAUAAACGAACAGCAGUAAACAAAGAUAAAAAAAUAAAAAACAAAAAUUCUGGUCAAAUUCGUAAUUCAAAUCUAUCAGCUUCAUCAAAUGGAACAAAUGGUGUUGAUAAUUCACAAAAUCAAACAACUGUUGCAGAUAAUCAAGGUUGCUGUAUACUGUUAUAA